AUGUUUUCAUGUUUGGCAAGGAUAGCUCCCGCUUGUUGGAGAACAGUGAGUCAAUGUGCCUGCAUGAACAAGGACAAUAAUAAUAGUAAUAAUGACGAAGCACUUUGGUGUAGAGACCUUGAAAAACACUCUUAUGGUGAUUUCUCCUUUGCUGUUGGUCAAGGCAAUGAGGUCAUUGAAGAUCAUAGUGAAGUCGAGACCGGAAAAGAAGCCACUUUUGUUGGUGUCUAUGAUGGACAUGGUGGCCCUGAUGCUUCUCGCUUUAUCUCUGAUCAUCUUUUUCAAAAUCUAAUUAGGCUUGCUCGAGCAAAUGGAGACACCAUAUCUGAAGAUAUUCUCAGAAGUGCUGUUUCCGCAACUGAAGAUGGGUUUCUUACUCUUGUACGUAGGACAUGUGGAAUAAAACCAUUAAUGGCAGCAAUUGGAUCUUGUUGUCUGGUUGGAGUUAUAUGGAAGGGAACACUAUACAUUGCUAAUUUGGGUGAUUCUCGAGCUGUAAUUGGCCAUUUAGUUAGAUCAAAUAAGAUAGGUAGAUCAAGUAAGAUAGUUGCUGAGCAGUUGACUAAAGAUCAUAAUGUUAGCAUAGAGGAGGUCAGACAGGAACUCGGGUCAAUUUAUCCAGAUUAUUCUAAUAUUGUUGUUAUGAAUUAUGGACAAUGGCGUGUUAAGGGCGUCAUUCAGGUAUCCAGAUCUAUCGGAGAUGCAUACCUGAAGCGACCAGAGCUUUCUCCUGAUCCUUCUUACCCACGAUUUCUCCUCUCUGAACCUAUUCGUCUACCUGUGCUAACAGCAGAACCAUCCAUGUGCACCAGGGUUUUGCAACCUAGUGAUAAGUUUGUAAUCUUCGCAUCUGCUGGACUUUGGAAAUGUUUGACAAACCAGCAGGCUGUGGAGAUUGUGUUUAAGUAUCCACGAGCAGGAAUUGCAAAGAGGCUUAUCAAAACAGCUUUAAACAAGGCAGCUAGGAAAAGCAAGAUGAGAUAUGAUGAUGUUAAGAAAGUUGAAAAAAGGAUCAUCAGGCGGUUGUUCCUUGAUGAUGUUACAGUUGUUGUUAUCUUUAUAGACCAUGAGUCGCCGCCGCUGGGUGCAAAGAUAUCUGUGCCAGAGCAGUCUGUACGUGGGUUCGUGGACAGCGCCGGACCAUCAAACUUUAACAUUAUGUGA